AUGGGAGAAUGGCACCGACGGUUCUGUCUACAAGCGGCACUAUCAAAUGCGUUCAACGCCCUUUUGCAAGCGCCCUCGGCCAGAGUACGGACUCUCCAACAUCAAAAGACAGCAGGACAGGAAUACUCAGCCAGCACGAUCGACCCGACCACGUCUAGCGUCAGUGAGAAGACGUCGUCGUCUGAAGUUUGUCUUAGGACCAAUGUACACAAUAUCAUCUCACGUUCUUCGCCGGUGACAGCGGCGGAGCAACCGCAAGUGGGUGCAUUGGAAUUGACUUCUGCCGUGAAACUGCAUCAUUGUCGAUAG